AUGGCCGCCUACUUCCCGAUCAUAAUGGGUCCCCAAGCUCUCAACUGGCUCGAAGCACUUCCCGCCGACUUCAUCAACAGCUGGCAGGAUCUCUACAGCGCCUUCGUCCAGUACUACCAGGCAUCUUGCCCGGGUCCCAAGACUAGAUGGGAUCUGGCCAGUGUUGUGCAGCAACCAAACGAGUCUCUCCGCGACUACAUCAAGAGGUACUUUGCUAAUCAUAAUACCAUUAUGGAAGCUGAUGACAGGGACAUCAUCCACUACUUCAACGAAGGCCUCCAUAAUAUCGAAAUGUGGAGGAAGAUGUUCCAGACCUACCCCAAGACCAUGGGCGACAUGAUGACGGUCGUCAACAAGCACGCCGACAUGGAGGAAGCUGAGCGGGCUCGCCACCGGCACAAGAACGACUACUCCGAGCAUCCCCCUCAGCGGGAAAACCACUCGGAAUGCCGCCGCGACGACCGCCCACCUCACCAUGGGAAGAAACACGACCACGCCGAGUAUUCCAAGAAUCGGGACCGCAAGCGUGGCCCCGAGAACAUCGUCGCCGUCGCCGAAAGACCCCAGUUCCGCUCCACCCUCAACCGAGCAGACCUGGAUCGACUCCUAGAUGGCAAGUGUCCUUGGAACAAGGACGCAAACCACACUGCACGGGAAUGCCGAGCACUCUCCAACGGCGUUAUCAAGGAUGACGACCCCAAGCGACCCCGCCGCGAUGACCGUGACAGGCCGGUUGGUUCCAGAACCACCCGGGCGAGCCCACGAAGGCGCAACUCGCCCAGGCGAGAUGACGACGAGCAGAGGGAAGACUCCCUAGGGAACUUCCAGGAAGAAGACAUGGCCGUCAACUUCAUAUACGGCGGCCCUAGUAAGCCAGCAUGCCGGCGCAAACUCAAGCUGGACGACAGAGAAGUCAACCUGGUGUUCAAACACCUAGUUGAACCACUCCGGUGGUCGGAAACGCCGAUAACCUUCGACCGCCGCAACCGCUGGGUCCACCUGCCCAGGCCGGGUGCCUACCCCCUCGUCGUCAGCCCGGUGGUAAGCCAGGUACGUCUGGCCAAAGUACUCGUCGACGGUGGCAGCGCCCUCGACAUCAUCUUUGCCAGCACGCUGCAGAGCAUGGGCUAUGACAUGGCAUCCCUGGUCCCAUCUGACCAGGCUUUCUACGGCAUCAUCCCCGGAGCCGGGUCGACCCCAGUCGGCCGGGCCACCCUGCCGGUCACCUUCGACACCCGCGACAACUACCGCACCGAGUAUGUCAACUUCGAGAUGCCAGCUCCAAAGGGGGUCCUCUCAGUCUACGGAGACUUGCAGAUCUCCUACGCGUGUGAGGCCAAAAACAUCGAGCUCUCUGACACCCUGGAAUGA